UCACGCCAAACUAUUGUGGUGUAUUUUCAUGCUAGUUCCAGCGUACAAAUGCCAUUAAUUGUGCUUGUUGAAGCGAGUUUUGUUAAAACGUCGAAUAAUAGUAUUUAUAGGCAGGCUUUCGAGACAGGUGAGCAGUUACCAAUGGUUCUGCGAAGUUUCUAAUCGGAUUAUAAAACGAGAGAAGUCUUAAGCGUCUGCUAACAGUCACGAUAAGGGCUCUCUCAGUAAACUUCUUCUUUUGCCUUUCACAUGGCAAAAACAUGCCUCUUUUUGUCAACCGUGACCAAAUGUUUGCGCAUCAGGUGCACCUGCUGGAACACAAACUGAGAGGGAAAGAGGAGCGAAUAUUGGAAUUGGAGACAGAGAAUGCCAUUCUUCAUAUAAGGCUCGCUGAGAAUCUGGCGAAACUGCAACAAGAGCAAGACCAGAAAGACACCGAGGCCUCGAAUCCUCGACAGGGCGAAAAGAAAAUCACCCGCUCAGCCAUCGCCCAACUCAUUACUGAGGUCCAGGCCCUAAAGAAGGGUCUAAGUGAGCUUUUUGCCGUCUACGUGAGUUUUGCCACUGAGCUGGAGGAAAAGAGCAAGCAGCUGCAGGAGAAUGUGGAGCGACGAAGAUGCUCGUCUCUGAAAGGAUGCUCCGAAGACACUGCUGAAAGUCUCCAGGCCCGCUUGACGGCUCUCGAGCGCUCCCUGCAGGAGGAGAGGGACAAGUGCGGAGCGGAGAGGCAGAGGCGCAAAGAGCUUCACAACACGCUGGCGGAGUUACGAGGGAACAUCCGGGUGCACUGCAGGGUGCGUCCUCUUCUACACUUCGACCACGUCCAGUUUUCCACCACUGGCUCGGGGCCUGCACCAUCCGAGCGAGUGAUCCACGCCGUCAGUGAUGACACUGUGAGAGUAAACUGCAUGAAGGCAGGAGUGCCAGCACAAAACAAGAUGUUUGAAUUUGAGAGGGUUCAUGGACCAGAGGACUCCCAGGAAGCUGUGUUUGAGGAAGUCAAGCCUCUCCUUACCUCUUUGCUAGACGGCUACAACGUUUGCAUCAUGGCGUACGGGCAGACGGGAAGCGGAAAGACUCACACCAUGAUGGGAUCCCCCGAGUCAACUGAACCCUCGGGGCCGCAGCAAGGCAUCAUCGUGAAGGCGGCGGCGGAGAUCUUUCGGCUGAUCGCCGAAAAGCCCGCGGCGAGCCGCACGGUGGAGAUGUCGGCGAUGGAGGUGUACAACAACGACGCCUUGGACCUGCUGGCCAGAGAUGUCGGCCAGCGCCGGGAAAACCUGGCUGCGUCCGCCGGUUCCUGUCAGGUUUCCGCCCUCACGCAGGAGCCCGUGCGCGACGCCUGCGAGGUGACGCAGAUCAUGAGGCGAGUGCUGCGGCUCAGAGCUCACUGCCCCACUCUGGUGCACGCCGACUCCUCGCGCUCCCACCUCGUCGUCACGCUCACCGUUUCCUCCAAGAGCCCCAACGCGCAGGCCCUGGGCCGCCGGCCGCACAGCGCCAAGAAGAGCGUGCGGCACGCCGCCCAAAAGGAGUCGUGGAGUCCCAAGUGUCGCCGCGCAAACCCCGCCGCCCGGAGCUCGCCGGAAGACGACUUCGCGAGUCCCGCUUCCUCUCCCUCCCUGUCCCCGUGCCCCUCCCCGAGAUCGGGCACCUCGCCGUCGCCGUUCAGGACCAAGCUGCAGCUGGUGGACCUGGCGGGCAGCGAGUGCGUCGACAUGACCGGCGUGUCCGGCGGAGCGCUGUGGGAGGUGUCCUGCAUCAACCGGAGUCUUUCGGCUCUGUCGGACGUCCUGAGCGCGCUGGCCGAGCAGAGGCCGCACGUCCCGUACAGGAACAGCAAGCUCACUCACCUGCUGCAGGACGCCGUAGGGGGCGACGCCAAGCUGCUGGUGAUGUUGUGCGUGUCCCCCACGCGGCGCUUCCUCACCGAGUCCCUGCAGACGCUGGGAUUCGGCGCUCGGGCUCGCCAAGUCCAGAGAGAUCCCGCAAGGAAGAAGAGCAACACACUCAAAGUUAAGUGAAGAAUGACGAAAGGAAUUAUAUCGUCCAACGAGAUCUAGCCACCGUGGGUGCGUCUCGUAGAUGUGAAUGUAUGGUGUUGUUCAAGCCAAAGGCGUUGGUUGAUUAGUCGCGAAUUCAGAGCUCGAAACAUGACAUUGUAUCUAGUGUGCAAUUGCUUGUUUUGUAGUAACCGGCAAUUACAUUGUCAAGCAUAUUAUUAAAGAUGCAAAACAAAAUGUAGUCGUUCAUUUGAUUAUUAUCUCUGCCGGAGAGGUUGUUGUUUGUGUAUUUUAUUAUUUUACUUUGUUCCAAUUUUUGGUAACACUCCGAAUUCAGAGUUGAUAAAACUGAUCUUUAAAAAAAAAAAAAAAAGUGCAGCCAUCCCACAUAACCCCGAAAUGUUUAAAAAUGUUUUAAGUAAGGAAAAUAGGACUCCAUAAUAUUUACUUUACAAAACAUAUCGUUAAUAACAACAGAGUGUAAAGAAUCCAGUUGUCAUGAUGAAUUCAUUGCUAUUCCUUCUGGUAUGUGUGACUUAGCCACCGGGGGCAGAAUUGUCCAUCCAUCCAUCCAUUUUCUGAGCCGCCUCUCCUCACAAAGGUCGCGGGCGUGCUGCAGCCUAUCCCAGCUAUCAUCGGGCAGGAGGCGGGGUACACCCUGAACUGGUCGCCAGCCAAUCGCAGAGUACAUACAAACAAACAACCAUCCGUACACAUUCACCAUUCACACCUACGGGCAAUCUAGAGUCGUCGAUCAACCUCGCACGCGUGUUUUCGGGAUGCGGGAGGAAACCGGAGUGCCCGGAGAAAAGUGUAAACGCCAGACAGGCGGGGCCGGGGAUUGAACCCCGGUCCUCAGAACUGUGAUGCAGACGCUCUAACCAGUCGUCUACCGUGCCGCCUGGCAGAAUUGUCAUUAGACACAAACAAAAAAGACUCUCACAACUACUGUAAGUGACUCAGUAAACAGCAGUAAUAUUAGUCAUUUUUCGCAGAGGAUAAAGAAUAUAUGCCUGUGAGUCUGUUUCUAUUGUCUAUAUGUGCUGCUCCACCGUUUGUGUUCAAAUGUUUCUUAAAUGCUUAUAACAUUGUUACUAUCGAUAUGUAAUAUACAAUGCAUUAUUAUAAUACAUAUUAUAGCAGCUAAAUUAAGCCAUAUAAAUGAUAGUAAUGUUAAUGUUGUAUAGCUAUGAAAUUCUAUGCUACUUUAAACAAACUAGUUUUAUUGCACCGCCUUGUUUAUUGCUCGGAGCGCAUGAUUGUUCUUUCAAACGCACGUUUGUUUUCUUUGUAUCUUAAUACAGUAUAGUGUUGGUAUUGUCUUUCUUUCUUUAUUUUAAGCAGAUGGAGUGUUAGUUGAAAAUCGGGUCACUUGGAAUUAAAAGUUACAAGCGUCGUGUGCCUCGUGGUUGUCAUUAAAGAGACUUUUCAAAACGACUUCAAAUGUCGCAGUGAGCCGCGUGCUGCUGUGUAGAUAAUAGCCAAGAAGACGACUUUGACUAUCGGCAGCAGAGCAGCUUUCUUUCUUUUUUUACUUGCAGCUUCUUUUUGAAUGACUCUUAAGAGCAGGCAGGUGGAAUAUUCCAGAAGAUGCCAGCAGCAAACCACCCCCCCCCCCCCUCGCCCACUCCUGUUGGACGGCUUCCCAGCAUGAAGAGAAGCACUCGCUGGCUUUGGUAAUGACAUUGUUUUUAAUCUGCUCUCACAAACAAACAAAAACAUUUUCUUUUUAUUUUUAAUAAGCUCUUCUACCAAAUUCAUCAAGAGCAUGGGGGACAUGCGUGACAUCAGUCAAUCUCAUAAGAAGUGUGAUGAUAUCCAUGCACCUCAGUACCGUGAAGGGAAGUCGACUGUAAGUCAAGUAAUCAUACAAGACGAAGAACAGAUUUUACGCUGCAAAGUGAACCAUUUUUCUUGUGAAGAAACUCGCCUCCAUUGCAAAGUUUGGGGUGAGGACACACCCUUUGUGUUUCCAAGUUAUACUCCAAAAUGAUGAACUUAUUUUUUACUUAACUUAAAAAGUUUGUUUCGACCUCUUCCCGUUCUUUAGGAAUCAGCAGUAGAACAUACCUGUAGGUUAGUUUCACUCAAAACAGCGGUUUCUGACCAAAAAGUGGAGAAAAGGAGCUUUUUGUGAAAAGCAACAUGUCAAGCAGAUAUUCUGAUGUAACAGAGUUUUAUUAAUUCAAGCAAACUAACAGUUACAUAAGUUACACGAUAUUGAUCUUGUCUUUUUUUUUUUCUGUCUCUUCCAAACCAGGCUUUCCCUCCUUCUUUCCCUUCCUCCCCCAAACACAGAAAUAGCAAAUCCAUACAAGCGCAGGCAAGUAAGUAGUAACGGCACAAUACAUUCAUCAACUCAACAACACGUUUGGACAAUAAGGCAAGUCGAAGAAAGAAAGAACUAACGGACGGACAGGAACCAUGGCUGACGUUUUCUUUUUUCUGUCUUUUGAGUGACACAAAAUGUCUUCUGCAGAUUGCUGCUGCAGAAGCAAACGAGGGAAGGCCUCGUUACACAGUAAAGGGGGAUCUGUGUGUGUAAGCUGCCUUCAUUGGUGUUGUAACUGGUGCGGCUGCACUCAUAAACUCUGCACACUUGAUAUGAACAGGGACAUCCAGUCAUGACAAGCCUCCAUACUUGUUGAGAUAAAAGAUGGACUCGGGAACCCCCCGCUCCUUCUUUGGGGUACCAGAAGUUAAAGGUCAGUGGGUGAAUGCACACCACAACAACACACAAAUUGUUCCCAGGCGAAGACAAACCCUGCAGAUAGACCAAAGAAAAUGUGCGAAAUGCAACAUGCCUUCAUGUGUUGCUCUUCGAGUUUCUUUUUUUAUAUUAAACCAGGGGUGGGGAACAUUUUGAAAUCUUUUUGGACCUUUUUUCUCAACGUUCCUCUGAGGUGUCAUCUUGAAAAUAAUUUGUUUGGUCUUAUUGGAAUCGUCACAUAUUUAUUCUGCUGAGGAAUGAAUUGCCUGUUUUCUGGUGGAAAAUGUCUGAACUUCUCACUCCUGGAAAGAAAAAAAAAAUCUGCCCGAUGCCAGUUUCACCGAUCAACACAAAAUUGGGUGGACAUGUCCAUCACAACAGGAUGCACAAAAAAAGUCUCAAGGACCCAAACCCCAAACUGAACAGGAAGUCCGUCAUUUCUGGCAAAUCCCUGUAAAGUGGAAAGAAAUAUGUAUUCUAAAUUUGACACACCACAGAAAAAAGUGUUGUUGACAACCCUGCCAAAUUUGAAUAGUUUAAAAAAAAAAAUUUAAAAUUGAGAAUCAUGAAAUAAAUCGAGCCAUUCUCGACGCUCUCCAACACUGUGGGCGUGUCCAGUGGACUCAAUUGUCAAUCAGUUGUCCACGCCCUGACAACGAGGCGCUCUAAAGGGGCCAUGCAACGCAAAGCCCUGGUCCAUGAUGGCUGUCAAGAUGAACUUCAAAAAAAUAAAAUAAGCACGCUGCUCAGUAGACCCCUUCCAGAGAGUUAGAAAAUAUUAUCAUCUGCCAACAUUGCGUCUCAGUGACGAAGUCUAACACGCAUCGGCAGUCGGCCUUUUUUUGUUGUUUUGAGAAUUGCAUCAAAAGCUGGAUAAAAUGCUCCAGCCUAACCCAGCUUAAACGGUCCACGGCCCUACGAUAGGUUGCCCGCCCCUGUUUUAAAAAUGUCAGGAAAGAGACAAAAAGCAUGUGGUUCUUAAAAAAAAAAAAAAAAAAAA